AUGUGUCAAAAUCAAUCAAAUCAUUCCAACCAAAACAAACAGCCAGGAAUUUUAUGGCGUUUAUUGAUUUAUUAUUAUGAAAUAACCAAGGAAUUUCUUAGAACUACUGUUUUAAAUGGUUUAAAAUUAUUUUUUCUUGGUUGCUUUUUAGCCGCUUCGUAUAAUUCAUUAAAUUUUGCUAUAAAUAUUGUGGAGAAAUGGCAAACCUCACCGGUAAUGACUGUUAUGAAUCCUCAAACAUCAUUUAUUACAAAAGAACCCUUUCCAGCCAUAACCAUUUGUAAUAUGAAUCAGGCGCAAUAUAGUAAAGUUAAGGAUUUUGAUUUACAAUCGUUGGAUUAUGCUAUGCUGCAAAAAUUAUGUUUUCAAGAACUAAAUUAUUCAUCAUUUCUCCAUACAAAUCCACCUCCUAAAGACCAUAGUUUUUCCAAAUUUAUUGUAAAGAAUGGUCAAUCUUGUGAACAUAUGGUGGUGUAUUGUGAAUAUGGCAAUAGUCGAAGAAUUUGUACGGAUUUAUUUCGCGAGGUACUUUUAGAUGAGGGCUUGUGUUGUUCUUUUAAUGUAGUCCAUCCAUUUAUGCUGUAUAAGGGAGAUUAUUUUAUGAUAAGAGACUAUACCUCUAUAAAUGGUCAAUCGAUACCUUUAGACUGGAGUCCUGAAAAGGGUUAUCCCAGUGAAUUGCCCAAUAGUUUUUAUCCACGAGUCUCUUUGGGACAUGGUAUGACCAAUGGUUUCACAUUAAUUCUCAAUGGAGACAUAGAUAAUUACUAUUGCUCUUCGACAAAUGGACCCGGCUUUAAGGUUUCCUUUCACAAUCCCAUUGAUACGCCACAUGUUAAAGAAACUGGCUUAUCCGUGGCCCUCGGCUACCAGACCAGUUUUCGUAUAACCACUUUAAAGGAAGAGGCAGUAGAGGAUCUACGUACCUUGGCUAAGCCCACAGAACGACAAUGCUACUUCAGUGAUGAAUAUCCGCUGCAUUAUUUCCGUUACUAUACCCGACGUAAUUGUGAAAUGGAAUGUGAUGCUCAUUUUAUGUUGCAAGAAUGCAAUUGCAUUCCAUAUCACAUGCCCAAGUUGUGGAAUAAUAUCACCGUAUGUAGUGUAACGCAUUUCAAUUGUGUGGUGGAAGCUGACAAAGAUUAUGUCGAUGCCAGUCGUUUGGGAUGCAAGAGAAAUUGCUUGGCUAGUUGCAAUGAUCUUUCCUAUUUUCCAAAAGCUUUUUUCACACCCUUAGACAAUGAGGGUUACGCUAUUAGAAAUCCCUAUUUCCGUAACAUGUCCAACGAAAGUCUAAAUAAUAAUUUUGCAAUGCUGAAAAUCUUUUUCCCUCAGAAUCACUAUAGGGGCAAUGUCAAGAAUCCCUAUAUGGGUCUAACGGAAUUUCUAUCACAAACUGGUGGUAUUAUGAGUCUUAUGAUGGGUUUUAGUAUCAUAUCUUUGGUGGAGAUGGUGUACUUUUUUAUUAUUAAGCCUUUGAUUUAUGCUUGGCGUAAAGUUUUUCAUAAAAAUACCGUAGAUGUAAUGGAGAUCAGACCAAAUGAUGAUUAUGAAUUGCAAGAAUAUGGAAAUAACAACAUCAAACAUCAUCGUUAUCCCGUUGCACCACCAAAUGUGUUUGCUAAACCACAAUUGCCGCCCUAUAGUCGAAAUUUCGAACAUCCAAAUUAUGUGCACUAA